AAAUGUUAUGAUAACAUGGUUCUCAUUCUGGCAUUAACAGUAACUCGAUUUUGUUCUGACAUGAUGAAGUCGUUUAGCUGGAUGCACAAGUUCAAAUUGUAUCCCAUGUUAGUUGUUUUCAUUUUCCUUCUGCCUACUCUUUUUACACAAGUUUGGGAUCAAGAUUUUGACAACGAAAACUUGUUGUAUAAAAUACCGGAAAAUGUCUCUUGUGCAGAUAAUCAAUACCCACCACUUGCCAGUGACAGAGUUCCAACAUAUGUAAUCAAUCUAGAUUUGCCACCGAAGCUACGUUGGGCUCAACUUAUGAUUGAUAAAAAAGAAAGUGCUUUGUAUCUACUGCAAGACAUAAAAACUUAUACUGAUUCAUUCUUUCGUGGGAAACUCUUUCCUUUGCUUGACAAAUACCUCCCUUUAAUGGCAAAGACUCUUCCUGAACCAUACCUUAGUGAACUGAAGGGAAUUGCAGAGGUCACUGGAAUUGAAUUGGGAGAAAUCACCCUAUACAACAUCUUCUAUGAAGUGUUCACCCUUUGUACAUCUGUGAUAUCACAGGGAGCAAAUGGAAAGAUUUAUCAUGGCAGAAACCUGGAUUUUGGACUUUUUUUAGGUUGGGACGUAAAAAAUCACACCUGGCAAACCACAGAAGCUCUUCGACCUUUAGUUGUUGAGCUCGACUUCCAGCGUGGUGGACGCACCGUCUACAAAACUGUAAAUUUUGCUGGAUACGUAGGAGUGUUAACUGGCAUGAAGCCUGGACGCUUUACGUUAACCUUAGAUGAACGCUUUAGCAUGGAAGGCGGGUUUGUGGGUAUCAUCCGUUGGCUUUUAGGUGACCAUUCGGCGAACUGGGCCGGAUUUUUGAUGAGAGACGUUAUGGAAAAGGCUGACAGUUAUCAACAGGCACUCACUACGCUGACUACAAGCAAACUGUUGGCACCUGUUUACUUUAUCCUAGGAGGGAACACCACUGAUCAGGGUGCUAUAAUCACAAGAGGAAGAAAUGAAGCAGACGUCUGGUUUAUGGGCAGAGGUAGCGUCAGCCAGGUUUCGACGUGGUAUCUCGUGGAGACAAACUACGAUCACUGGAACCAGCCACCGUUCUUUGAUGAUCGACGGACACCAGCAGUUCACUGUUUGGACAAAAUGGGGCGAGAAGCAGCUUCCCUUUCGGGACUUUUUAAUGUCCUUGCCACCAAACCAAUCUUUAACAAGUUAACUACUUACACUUGCCUUAUGGAUGUAUCGACUGGUCAGUUCGAAUCUUGGAUUCGGAAUUGUCCAGAUCCUUGUAAACCCUGGUGAUUAGAACUAUAGUAUCCACUUUUCAAUCGCAUUCCGUGCCUUUCGGUUAUAUUCCUAACAAAAACUAUUAAGUAAAGUUUUCGUUUA